AUGUCUAGCAAUACUUUAUUAACUAUUUCUACAGAAGAUCAUAAUAAAAAUUCUGAGGUUGAAUUAAUUUUUAAAGAUGUUGAUAAAGAAGAUGGAUACAUCUCUUUGGUGAGAUAUAUAAAUAAACAUUCUGUUUUAGUUGAUUGGAUGGAAAAAAUUACAAAAGAACUGAAAAUUAUUAACUUAGUUACAGAAGAUUGGAAAUCUGUGUUGAAAAAUAAUUUAAGAUUUCAAGAACAUAUGAAUCUCAAAGUUGAUUAUGGUUUAGGUCAAAAUCAGCAAAAAACUGAAAACAAUGCAGUGCGUAUUAACCUCCAUUAUAUAAAGAAAAGUGAUCAUUAUUUACAUGUGCUAUUAGCUGGAGAUUUUAAGUUGAAAAUUAAAACUAAUUCUACAGUUUUACGACAUGUUGAUAGUGCACCAUUAAAAUGCAUUUCACAAGUCAUGGCGCUUAAAUUUAAACAUUAUAAUUUGUAUGACAAUAGUGAUUAUUUUGUGCAUUCAUGCAAAGGACAAUGCAGUUACUGUAAGAAAAAUGAAAUUUCAAGUGAAAAUGACUGGUGUACUUUAUCUACAUUAGUAUAUAACAAUGGAAAAUUAGAUUCAGCCGAACGUAGAUAUUGUGAAACCCUUUAUAAAUCUGUAACAAAAGCUAUAGUUAAUUUAGAAAUAAGCUCACUUUAUUCAUUUGGCGAAGAAAAAGUUACAAAUUCUAUUGAAAAAAGACAAACUGAAGGAAGUGUUGAAGAAAAUACUGCAAAGCGUAUGAAAACAACUGAUGAUAAUUUCAUACCUUUAGAAAAUGAAACAACGAGUCAAAAAAUGGAAAGAAAUAUUAGUGAAAUAUCUGCUGAAGAUACAAUGAAAUCAAAUUAUGUUUUUGCAACUCCAAAAAACAUGAAUAUUGAGAGUUGUACUCCUCAAAUAUUAAUGCAAAGGGUUAGUAAUCUUGUAAAAAUAAUAAGAGAAUGGGCUUAUGAGAUUUUCAGGAUUGAAACAUCAAAUACUGAUAUCUUGAUUGACCAGACAAAUUGCAGUUUAAAGAAACUGAAAACAUGGGGCAAGCAAUUCUUGGGAAUUGAAUUGUUUACUUCUGAAAAUUUAGAAAAAAUUAGCAUUAAUAACACCGACGAUUUAAUUAAAACGUGGUCUAUGAAACAUUUUAACAUUGAACCUCAAAAAUUAAUUGAUUUAAUCAAACAAAAGUUACGAAAAACUACAUCCAACUUCUCCAGUAUAGAGGAUUUUAGUAUUGAAAAAUUAUAUGAUAACAUUGAAACUAUAACUGGGGAAUAUAUGAAAUUAAAAGAAUGGGCAUUAAAUUCGUUAAAUAUUGAAACUUUAACUGUUGAUAAUUUAAUGGAAUAUAUUGAAGCCCAAGAAAAAUGCAUAGCUCAGCGAGUUAUGACUAAUUUUAACCAACAAAAAUGUACUCCUGAACAACUUAAAGACAGUGAAAGCAUUAAAUUAAAUUAUGAAGCGAUAAUUAGUUGGGCUAGAGAGUUUAUUCACGUUCAACCAUUUCAUGCUGAAAACUUAAUUACACAUGUAAACACUUUGAAUAAAAACUAUGAAGAAAUAAAAAGCUAUGCUAAAAAAACAUUUAAUAUCCAAGAUUUCACUCCUAACUUGUUUUUUCAAGCAAUUGAAAAGGAUGUACAAAAAAUAGAUACAUGGUUCCAAAAGCAUUUUGGAUUUUCCCUACGUCAUUCUGAUGCAUUAUUGGAAGCUGACAAACGGCUUGCAAUAAUGCAAAGUGAUGACAAGAUCAAACGAUGGGCUCGCAUAGCACUUGGAACUGAUGAUUCUGAUAUGUUAUUAAAUGAUCUUAUGGAAACGAUUAAUCAGCGGAAAAUAUUACAGUCUUUUGUGAAAGACACAUUAAAUAUUGAAUAUUUGAGUUUUGAAAACACAAUAAAAGAGCUCAAAGAACUAGUACAGAAAUAUUCCAAUUUAACUGUGUGGUUUGAAAAAAUGAAAACUUGGUGGAUGAGGAACUUCAGUAAUGAGCUAUCCCUUGAAAACAUGGAAGAACAAAUGCUUGAAAUUUCAGCAUAUGACCAACAAAAUAAACUCUCCAUUACAGAGAUCGAAGAGGAUGAGAAUAGAAUAACUAUUUUGAAGAAACAAGUUGAAGAUUGCGAAAUUCGGAACGAAACAUGUCUUAAACAAAAUGAAACUUUAACAAAAUUAAAAAAUGAAGAGAUUCAAAGGUUAACACAAAAAAUUGUGCAUUACGAAAAAGAACUUCAAAGUUUAACAGACAAAAUGAGUAAUUAUAAAGAAACAUUGACUGAAGAAGUUAAAAAUCACCAAACUACUAUUACUAAGCAAAAAGACUAUAUUGAAAAGUUAAAAAAUGAAAAUCAAGGUUUCAAAGAAAUAAUAGAUGAACAAAAACGAGCAAUUGAUGAUUUUACUGUAACACUUAACACUCAAAGUGUAACUGUUUUAGAUUUACAAAAUAAGGAAAUAUCUCGGAAGAAAAGCAAAAUAAGUACAAAAAUGGAACUUGACAAAACAAUUACAACAUUAGAAAAAGGUAAUGAAACUGUCUAUGAAUCAUCAUCUUCACCAAAUAAACGCAAGAAAAGAAAAUUUGAAUAUGAAUUUUCAGAUCCAAAAUACGAACAAGAAGAAAUAGUAGACUUUGAUGACAGCUUAAAGGAUUUAUGGCAAAAAAGAGAAGUUAAUCACAAUAUAAAUCUUUUAAGGUUACAAAAAUUAUUAGAAGAUUUGGAGACUGCAAAUGAUCAUGUAGCAAUUUUAACUGCUUAUGUUCAAAACCAAAUAGAUAUUUUAAACAAUUAUGAAAAAAAGGUGAACACAAAUAGCAGUAUAAAUGAUUUACUGAUUUAUACAAAAAAUGAAACAGAACAAUUUAUUAAGAAAUUGACAGUAAAAGAUGAGGUCAAUAAAGUUUUCCACACUUAUUUUGAUAGUGUUGAUGGAUUUCUAGGCUUUAUGUUCAAUGAUAUUACUAAUUAUGUAGAUAAUUUGAGUAUUGAAGAUGAUAAUAGUCCUCAUUCAAAUACUAUUCGCAAAAUGUAUAAUUUUGAUCAUGUAAAAAUCCUUUCUGGAAGCGAUGCAGCAGCCACUAUAUUUUUAGCUGUUUUGUGUACCUAUAUAAAAUACUUUCCAAAUGAAAAAUGCUUAGUUGUUUCUAAAAAAGAUGUUGAAAUGUAUUUGCUAAAAAACUCACAAAGUUAUCCUGACAUAAAAAGUGUAAUUUUGAGCGAACUAAUAGAUUUUUACCAAUCAAAUACAGUUAAUCUUCAUAACAUUGCUAGAGUUAAGAUCAUUCAGUUAAAUAACAGGUUGUUCAAAAGUGUUUAG